AGAAAAAAGAAAGAGAAAGAAAAAAACAGAAGUGCUAACGAAGCAGGGCAGUGAAAACAUAAACACUGUGGGCACGACCGAAAACGUGACCUAAAUCUGCGGGCUUUUUGCGCAUCGCCACCGCCUGAGGUUGUUGAGGGCACAUCUCACUAAUGUGUCGAGCUUUUGUUUGCGCUUGACUCGAAGGUGAAGGAAGGAAAAUCUGCGCAGAGGAUUAACAAGUGCGGAGACUUUGGGCCUACAGUAACGUUAGAGGGUCUCUUCUGUCAGAAGAGACAAUCAGACAGAAUGAGCGAUACAGGUGGUAAAUCCAGCAUCCCAAAUGGUGGUUCUGAUGAUCCAGAACCUGGGGAAGGAAGAGGGGAGGCUGAUACAUCUGAUGCAUCUGCAGCAGCAGAGGCCCAGGCCAGUCCUGAGUCAGCGAAUUUGAAUUCAGCUGCAGAGGGAAGUGAGGGUGGUCAGGACAAGCUGAUGGCGGACUCUGAGCAGAAGCAGGGUCUGGCUGAAGAGGAGGACACCGACAGCAUGGAUGGCAGUGGGUUGUACUCCCUCACUGAAGAAGGAGAGCGGGAGAGUGAAGGAGGAGGGAGGGGAAAAGAUGAAGGUAAGAGAUCAGCCAGGAAGAGGAAUCGACCAAGCGGUGGAGCCGCACAUCACUCUUCUAGUUCAGAUGAUGACGAUGAAAAUGAGGACGACGAUGAUGUUGAGGAGGAGGACGAGCAAGCCAUGGAAGCAUGGCUAGGAGCAGACUUGUGUGACCUGAGUCGUCCAUCGUGGCGUGCCGUUCCUUCACUACGGGCCCGAGAGAUCGGCCGGGAUUCACAGCAGUUUGUGAGGAGGGUGUGUGGGGCACGGGGUCUGGUGCAGAGGCUGGAGCUGCAGGGCCGUCUGGAGAGACACACGGGCUGUGUGAACACCCUUCACUUUAACCCCUCUGGCACCAGACUGGCUUCCGGAAGUGAUGACCUCCGCGUGGUCAUCUGGGACUGGGCUCGCAGAAAGGCAGAGCUGGAGUUUGACAGCGGGCAUAAAAGCAAUGUCUUCCAGGCAAAGUUCCUCCCACACAGCGGUGACUCCACAUUGGCCAUGUGUGCCCGAGAUGGACAGAUCAGAGUGGCAGAACUGUCUGCCACACAACGAUGCAAGAACACCAAAAGAGUGGCCCAGCAUAAAGGUGCAGCUCAUAAGCUUGCACUGGAGCCAGACUCUCCCUGCUCUUUCCUCUCCGCUGGUGAAGAUGCAGUAGUGUUCGGCAUUGACCUGCGUUUAGACAGACCUGCCAACAAACUGGUAGUGGUGAAGGAAGGUGAAAAGAAGGUAGGACUAUACACCAUUUAUGUGAACCCAGCCAACACACAUCACUUUGCUGUGGGUGGCAGAGACCAGUAUGUCAGGAUCUAUGACCAGAGAAAGAUAAAUGAACACGAUAAUAACGGUGUGCUUAAGAAGUUUUGUCCCUCCCAAUUGGUGUCCAGCGAAUCCAAAACAAACAUUACCUGCUUAGUGUACAGCCAUGACGGCACAGAGCUGCUGGCAAGUUAUAAUGAUGAGGACAUCUACCUUUUCGACUCUAGCCACAGUGAUGGAGCAGAUUACCGCCGGAAAUACAAGGGCCACCGCAACAAUGCUACAGUGAAGGGAGUUAACUUCUACGGUCCCUGUAGUGAGUUUGUUGUUAGUGGCAGUGACUGUGGACACAUCUACCUGUGGGAUAAGAACUCUGCUCGGGUGGUUCAGUUUAUGGAGGGAGACCGAGGAGGAGUGGUUAACUGUCUGGAGCCGCAUCCUCAUCUUCCAGGUUUAGCCACCAGUGGUUUGGACCAUGAUGUGAAACUGUGGGCGCCCACUGCUGAAAAUCCCACAACACUAAAGGGACUUAAAGAGGUAAUGAAGAAGAACAAGCGAGAGCGUGAUGAAGACAGCGUUCGUCAUGGUGACCAGUAUGACACACAGCUCCUCUGGUUCCUGAUGAGACACAUGAGAAACCGAAGACCUCAACGGGCCCGACGAGGCGAGGGAGGAGAAGGUGACACAGAUGAAUCCUGGAGCUCACCAGAAUCCUCUGAUGAAGAAGACGGAGGGCCAGACCACGUGCAGUGCAUGUCCUCCUGAGCCACACACACACACACACACAAACACACACAAAUGCAUACACUUUGCCAUAUAUUUAAGCACAUACAUUCUAGUAACACACUGGUACAUAAAUAGACACUGAAAGGCCAGCAACAGACAAACGCACACACACAGCUUUAUACACACAGUGUUAGGGAGAUGGAAACGACUGGCAAAAUCUGGCUUUAUGCUCCACACACACACUCCAAUGACAUCGAUAGGAGAGACCUGAUAUGGAGAUACAUAUUUUUGAUAUAUUUGCAACCACACACACAAUUAACCACUCUGAUUUUAGACCAACUUGGACAAAGGUGCAAUUCAUUUUCAGUUACAGCGGAUGACGGAGAAAUGUCGCCUCUGAUGUUUUGCUGCCUUAGCCGAUCAACAAUCUUAGAAGCAGCAUGUUACUUCAAGUCGCAAGGCUCAGAAGAGGAGGUUUCUCUGUCGUGUAGUAAAACAGUUGAAACUUUAGUUUGUUUGGAGCAUGAUGGGACAGCACGGAUACACAAAGCAGAUUACUAUGAUGAUGAGUGUUACUUUAUUCAAAACCAGCACCAUCCUUUUCCCGGCCUCAUCAGACCUGAACUGCCUCGGUCUCCGACAAAGACUGAGCUGAUGUUUGUUAUUUUCAGACUGCAAUCUUCAUCUUUGAUAUACUGUCAUUGUGCGUCUGGCUGUUCCCAUCCUGUCUAUUCUUGGUUCUCUUCUCCUGUGUGUGUGUGUGCGUGUGUGUGUGUGUUUGCUGAAGCCAGACACAGUGAAUAUUUUCUCGAGGAAAAUCAUGCUCUCUUAGAUCUGACUGAAGACGCAGAAGAAUAGCCAGAGCCGCUUCAUCUGGCUGUUUUUGCUUUGUUCCUCUCUCCCAUGCUACUGAGUGCACUUUAAUCAGGGAUCUGCUUCAAGUUUUCAGUCUCUAUGACGAGUGUGCACUUGGGGGGGAGGCAUGCAAUACUUGGAUUAAAUGUGUUUAUUUUGAUUAAGUUCUUUUGCUUUGCCCGGCAAUUGCCCAAACUUAUAGUGGACUUUUAAAUUGAGUACAGAUUUGAACACCAGCUCUUUUGGGUUUUUUGGAUUUGCACUUGGGUGGAGAUACUUGAUGGAGGAACUCCAAAAGGCUUAAAAAAACGUUACUCUCUGUGGACUGCCGUCAUUUUCUCAGCCCUGUCCACUAGAAAAUUGAGAAGACGUACUUUAGAGCCAGUGAUUUGUUCAAUCCAUGUUUCUUCCUCUGUCUUUUGUUUGAAGGAACAUCCUCCAGAUCUUCGCCUCGAUGGUGAGGAUUAAAUGUAGCAGGAUGUUUCCAUGUUUUCCUGAAGAAACUAAAGCCAUUUUUCAUAAAAAUGGUGGCUGUUCUCUGUCAGCGUUUGGAUUCAGCUGGUUAAGCGCUAAACAUGGAUGGACUGUGACCUGUUGCAUGUUGAAAAAAGUGAUUAUUUGUGAAGGAUGGGUCAUCGGCAGGCGCUGGAAAGCACUUGUAGGUACACAGGGAGGGGUAAGAAGCUUGAAUUACUUUGCCCCUUUUUUCCUUCUUCUUUUGUGAGGGGAAUAAUAUCUCAACUUUUCUCUUUUUGUAUGAGAAGAAUAACUUAAAUGACUAUGUAUAUACAAAUAUAUAAAGAUAUUAUAUAUAAAUAUUAAAAACAUGUAAAAAUCAUCUUUAACCAUUGCUCUUUUAAAGGGUGUCUAAAUUUAAUUGGUAUUGAUGCAGAGGUUUAUAUUGUACAAGACGAAAUACUUUUAAAUGAAUGGAAAGCAUUGGAUCUAUUUUUCUUUUUUCUGAAUCACAACCCUAAUUGUCACUGAAGUUCAAAGCAUUAAUUUCUGUUGAUGUUCAUUUGCUCAUUCUCACUUGUCUGCUCAAAAUGUCUGUCCUAUCACUGGCAUGUGUUUUUUUGUUUUUUCUUCUUUUUUUUUAAGGGUUUUGAUUAGAGUUAUCCCACCGCUGCCUAAUAUUGUGUUCUUUCAGUUCAGUUCAGACAACAUGUACAAUUUGUGCAGUAAAAAAAGAGAGAAAAAUCUGUU